AUGUUCAUCUACGCUUGCUGGUGGUCGAAGCCUUUGGACGUUGAUGAGCCUGUCAAGAUUACCUUGAGAAAGGACGGGAAUACGCCGCCAGACUUUACAAUACCAGGUGUUUUGCAAGCGCAGGUCAAAGCAAGCAAGAAAUAUAGUAGGUUAAACCAUCUAGUAACAAAGCUACCAUGUCCGGGAAGUAUCGCCAUCAAGUCGAAGGCCUUCUUCGAUCUCGUCACAUACAUCUACUCUGAAGGCAUCAAAGUGGCAUCGCCGGAACGCAAAAAGAAAACAGCACUAUACGGGGUUGUUGGCAUGGUGGUUGAGGGCAGUCUCGUGGUCCUUGUGGGAGGACUUCACCUGCUUGCAUGGAAUGUCUAUUUUCCGUCUGCGAUUGAAUCGCUUUUAUGGAAAGCUUGUUCUUUCGGAAUGAUCCUCUUCCCAUCUAUCGUCGUCUUCAUUGCGUCCUUCACCAGAUACGAGCGCGAUUUAUUUCCUAUCUUGUGGAGGAUCACUUUCAAGCCCCCGACGCAUCGCGGUCUCUUGGGGUAUGGGAUCGGAAAGAUUCACGGUAUCUGUACUAAGCAUGCAAGGAAAUCUGCGGGAUUGCCGCAGAAGCCUUCGAAACUGGACCCGGAGGAGCCCCCAGAAUCGGGCCCGGGGGAGCCCCCGCAACCGAAACCAUCUCUUUCCAGGCUAGUUUACUAUGGCUUGCUUGUUUUAAUGCAUUAUGCACUCGUUUAUCUUUGUCUUCUGUCGCUCCUCUGCUACGCUCUCUCCACGACAUUCAUUGUGGUGGAGUCCUACAUCAGCAUGCGGGAUCCUCCGCCAGGGGCAUUCAAGACCCCACGGUGGAGCGACUACUGGCCUCAUCUCUGA